AGAUGCGCCAUGCAGUCUCCGAGUCUCUCUGAUCUUAACUCUGGCUGGACAACUGUGGAGCUGCUGCGCAACCACAUGCAUGCGCAAAUGCGACACGGCUCGCACUUGAAGACUAGUGGAAAUCAGCAGCAGGGAAACUUUUUGGGAUAAAUGUGUUUUUCUGAGUACUACUGUUUCAAAUCUGCCGAAUGCGUUCAUUAGAGAUGAAUAUAAGAAACAUAAAUGGGACAACAAAAAUCGCGAGAACUUGAAUCGCUCCAGUUGUGUGCACGGUUGAGUUUUGCCAACUUUGUGUAGCGCUGUAAACCCAUCCGAUCUGUGUCAGUCCGUGCGGGCGCAGCAGCAGCAGCAGAGCAGGCUGGAUGUGGCAGGAGACGGGUCAUUGAGCUGCAGCGAGCCGGGUGCGAGUUUCCCCCAGAACCCUAACUCUCUCCAAUGUUACCGGACAGGAUGAUGAUCAUCGGACUUCUGCUCAAUGUUUUCUCUCAUGGAAGCGUGCCAGUGUCUGCGUCCCUAGACUGUCUGGUGGCGGAGCAGGGCUGCAUCCAGGAGCAGUCCUGCAUGGUCCUCUACCGACUGCUGGAGUACUGCGCAGCUGAGGAGGCGGUGUCACCCCUCGGCCCAGACGCCCGUUUGGAGUGCCUAGAGGCCCAGAAUUCCUUGCAACGUUAUCGCCCCCUUCAAGUUUGCAAGUGUCAGCGUGGCUCUCGCAGGGAGGAACACUGCCUCAGGGUGUACUGGACAGUGAGAUUUGCAGCAUACGAUGAGUAUGAAGUGUCCCCAUAUGAAGAACUGAAGUUAAAUUUGGUGAGAAACAUUGAGAUGUCACGUAUGGCCUCCAUCAUGGCAGCUUCGUCUCUUUCUGUGGAUGGUCAAAACCAGUGUCUGAAGGCGGCCCAGGACUGUGGCCUGUAUGAGAAAUGUGGCUCCCUGCGGUCAGAAUAUGUUGUAGCCUGCACCAAGCGAGCAACAGUCUCUGACAACAGCUGUAACCGUCAGAAAUGCCACAAAGCUCUACGGCGUUUCCUGGAGCGCGUGCCAGAGGAGUACAGCUUCGCAUUGCUCUUCUGCCCCUGCUCUGAUACUCUGUGUGGGGAGCGCCGGAGGAAAACGAUCGUCCCAUCGUGUUCCUAUGAGGAGAAUGUGAGAGGGGAGGAGAAAGUGGGCAAGCCCAACUGCCUCAACCUGCAGAAUUACUGCUCAAGAGACGAGCUGUGCAGAUCCCGCUUUGCUGAUUUCCAACACAACUGCCAGCCUUCCCCUGUGUCUGCCUCUGGCUGUAUGCGAGAGAGCAGAGCCAUGUGCCUGAAGGCCUACGCUGGACUCAUAGGCACCAUCAUGACUCCCAACUAUGUGAGCAACAGCAGCACAGAGGUAUCCCAGUGGUGCACAUGUGAUGGCAGUGGCAACGAAUGGCAGGGCUGUCAGCGUAUCCUGCACAUGUUCAACAACAAUAUAUGUCUGCGCGGUGCCAUCAGCUCCAUGGGAAUCUCCGCACCUCCUCCUGUGGAAAACACUCCGGUGCCAGCUUCUCAGCCCUCCACACGCGUCUAUAAGGAGAGGGUUCACGUCAGCGUUAACACUCUCCCUGAAUUCAACAGCAUGGAGGACAGCGAGGAAGAGGAGCAGGAGGAAGCAGAAAGCGAGGAAUUCAACGUAAUCCCGCCGUACUCUGAGAAGGACUCUAACAUUGAAUCAGGGGCUACAAGGAGUCAGCGGGGAGCAGCUGUCCGAGCAGUACCCAUGUUUCCAUUAAUGCUGCUGCCAACGCUUAUCCUGGACUGGGAGUGUUGGAGCUACUGAAGGCUCUGUCUUCCUUCCCAUCCUACGCUCACAUUUUACACCCGCUACCACUUUCAAAUCCAUCACAGCCCUCAGAACAAACCACAGAGGACAGCUGCAAAGAAGAAGAAAUGGAAAAGCUACUUCUUAACAUUUCCUUUUCUUUUUUCAUUUUCACAAUGUCCCCCUGCCUUUAUUUUAUGAUUCUGUUUCUCCUAUCACUGCCUCCUCAAGAGUUAAAAGAUAUCAGUAGUCUUGCAGUAUCUGUCAUAUCUUCGCUGGAGUCCUCUCCGGUGAAAGGAAGGGAACAACGUGAGCAGAUAUAUGAGUGCAUGGGUGAAUUGAGAAGUGCUGUCUGGGCAAAUACUCUAUCUAGAGUCUGCUUCACACUCAUAGUACAUCCCCUCUUUUAACAAGAAGCACAUUGCCCAAGGCCACAUUCACCACAUGUGCUCCCGAAAACCAUAACCAGUCUUCUCUACUGCAACCAAGCCCGAGCAUGGCUUUUGAUUUCUAUUUCAUGACUCAUGUCACAUCCGUUUCUCCUUUGCCCCUUCGGCUCUUCCUCUCCCUCCUUCAUAGUAUGGUUCAGCAAGUAAUCCACUUUACAACAAGCUAAUAAGAGACUGCACCACUCUUAAACCGCUUUGUACCAUUAAAAAUACUUUUUAAAAUUGCACCAAUUUAAAAAAGUGAUAAGACACGUUAUCACAUUAUGCUUGAGAGAUCUUACGUCUUUUCAGGCUUCUCACUUUAUGCACCAAAAAGCAGAGUGCAGCAGUCAUUCUGUUCUGCUUCUUUUGUUAACACGCCACUUAGUGUUAUUCCUACCGGGGUGAAUGGCUGAGAAUUCAACCACGGGCAAAAGCAAUGAGAUCAAACUCUAUUGUAGAAAUGAAGAGCGAAGAAAAGCAACAUAAGCAAUUACAGCACAAUUCAAAUUGCUCAGCAUGCAGGGAAAGUCUGGAGUAAGGCUCAGGGGAGGAAAUAGCCAAUUUGCUGCUGUCAUACCCUCUCACUUUUUUGUCCUUAGGAGAUGUGUUUUUAGUGCUCCUUCCCUUCAUCAUGUGCUUUAAGACGUUGUGAGAGCGAGAUGCAGAGAUAGGGACGGACACAGGAGGCUGUAAAGCCUGCUGGCUGCUCUGAUCAUUGAGCAGCACAUUGAGCCAUUAUCUCUGCCUGAAAUAUCUUUUGCUGAUGUUAAUGAUUUUUUCUCUUAUGGCUCAUUUUCUUGUGAAAUUACGCAGCUGCGAGGACGUAGGUGAAGAGAAGUAUAGUGAAGAUUUUUUAAAGGGACAAACUUAUAAUUUUGAGGAUGAGUUUGCAGCAAUUAGAGGUCUGAGCUCUGUGAGGGAAACUUUCUAACUUUACUGCUUCAUGAGGUCUCUGAUGACUCAAAUGAUCAUUUGAUUGUGGUUAUGUGUUCAUUUUUAUUGAGCAGUGAAAUGUGAAUAUUUCACAAAGCAGUCCACUUACCUGACUGUCUUCAAGCAGAUCAGAACAGAAAAUUUCUAAAGAUGUAUCACAAAAAAAAAAGGUUUACUGUAGAUGUCAAAGGAGCACAGCUCUACAUGCUCAUCAAAUCCCACAGCAGACUGACUAUAAAUGUUGUUGGUAGUAUGUUUUAAUGAAGCUUAAAUGUUUGAAUUUGCUUGAGGAGGCAGUAUGGCCCCACUAACUUUUUCACCCUCGCUACUGGACUUGUUUACAUGAUGGGUUACUGACAUGAAGACUUAACUUUUGAUAAGGACAGACUGUAUAAAGGCAGAAACGCACUGGAAGCAUAUGAGCCGUGCUUUUGCAAA